CCUCACUCUCUCUCUCUACCUGCACUCUCUCUCUCUCUCUAAAACUACCAAACCCCCUUCUCGAUCAAACAACCUCUGUUUUCUCUCUCAUUCUCUCUCUCUCUUUCGUUCCCACGGUCGCGAAGCAACUCCUGUCUUCGUGUCUUGUACACACCGCCAUAAGAGGCGCCUUUUGGAUUUCGGCAAUAAAUCGUGUUUGGAAUCAAGUAUUUGUGUUUUGUGUGCGUUUGGUGGUGUGGUAUUGUGUUUGGGGGGGGGGGGGGGUAAGGAGUGGUUGCAGUAUGGAGAGGUACGGCGGGACGCAGGCAAUGGAGGGUGUUCCGGUGGAUCCGGUCGCGGAAUGGGCGACGCCGGGAGGGCAAACAGGGCUAGAAGAGCCUAUGUGGCAAUUAGGCCUUGGUGCUGGGUCCGAAUCGUACCCGGAGAGGCCCGAUGAGCCCGAUUGCAUCUAUUAUUUGAGGACUGGAUUCUGUGGAUAUGGCAAUCGGUGCCGGUUUAAUCAUCCACGUGAUCGUAGUAUGGCAAUGGGAGCUAUGAGAGGCGGCGGAGGUGAGUACCCCGAGCGUAUUGGCCAGCCUGUCUGCCAGUACUACAUGCGGACAGGAAUGUGUAGAUUUGGCGCCUCAUGCAAAUAUCACCAUCCGAAGCAAGGAGCUGGGUCUUCAUCUCAGUUAACACUAAAUUAUUAUGGAUAUCCCAUGCGACCGGGAGAAAAGGAGUGUUCAUAUUAUAUAAAAACAGGGCAAUGCAAGUUUGGAAUCACCUGUAAAUUUCAUCAUCCACAGCCGGCAGGGAUACCAGCACCAACCCCCGCCCCAGGUCCCGGGAAUCUGGCUGUUCCUCCAGCUUUACCCUCACCGGCACUUUAUCAAGCAGUGCAGCCUCCUGUUCAAUCUUCUCAACAGUAUGGGAUUGUUCAAGGCAAUUGGCCACUUCCCAGGCCUGCCAUGCUUCCAGGUUCGUACAUGCCUGGAAGCUAUAGCCCGAUGCUCCUUCCCCCAGGAGUUGUUCCAUUUCCCGGUUGGACACCAUAUCAGGUAGGUGUACAAGCACCUGGUAGUCAUGUGGCCUCCCCAAGUACUCAAACGCCAGUCAGUGCAGGCCCAUAUUUCGGACUAGCACAGUUGUCUCCAUCAGCAAGUGCAUACACAGGACCAUACCAAUCCAUUGUGUCUUCUGCUGGCCCCUCAGGUAGUCCGAAGGAACACCUGUUUCCACAAAGACCCGGUCAACCAGAAUGUCAGUAUUAUUUAAGGACUGGCGGCUGUAAAUUUGGAGCUACGUGUAAAUAUCAUCACCCACUGGAGUUGCUUGCACCAAGAUCCAAUUAUAUGAUUAGUCCUGUGGGUCUGCCGUUACGCCCAGGCGCCCCAAUUUGUUCUCACUUUGCACAGACUGGGGUCUGCAGAUACGGGCCCUCGUGCAAAUUCGAUCAUCCUAUGAGAAGCUUGAGUUACAGUCCUUCUGCUUCUUCUCUAACUGAUAUGCCCGUUGCUCCUUACCCCGUUGGAUCCACACACGCAACUUUAGCUCCAUCUUCCUCGUCCUCGGACUUGAGGCCGGAGCUUCAUUCUGGGUUCAACCGAGAUGCAUUCUCAAGUGCUUCGGUUGGUUCAAUAUUCUCAACAGGUGGUACUGUCCCUCAAUCAAGUUUUCAGCAGUCGUCCGGGCAGGGCUCUAACUCUUCGAGUGGCGGCAGCAGCGCCAGUCAUGGAGGGGAGGUUCAUACAUCAGCCGAGUAAAAAUAGUGAGGUAUAUACCCCCACCUCUCUCCUCUCUCUCUCUCUCUUUCUCUCUCUCUCUCUCUGUAGAGUCGAGCAAAUUGCUCAAAAGCAUACUAAACCUUUUUGGUAUAAAUUAUCCCUUUGUGGGAUGGGAUACCUGGCCAAAACCCGAAGCCAAUCUUCAUUCUUAGGCUAGUAGCCAAUCUGUGUUCAUAAAUGAUCAGAUUGGGAAACUGGCAAACUUCCCAUUUCGAAUAAGCCAUACAUAUAUAUAUAUAUAUAUAUAUGCACUCUUAGCCUUUCAGGUAGACUCUGAAUAACGAGAAAUCCAAACCAAAGCUCGACCCCUUAUAGGUAGUUUUGUGUCGUCAAAUUCACUGCCCAAAAUUUUUGGAGCUUCUUUGUGUUUAUUUAUGAUAUAUCUUUUUCGAAACGAAAAAGAUAGAUAAUCCUCCCCCUGGAUUUUAACUGUUUAUGCCGCACCUCUUUCUUUCGUUCCUUAAGAAUGGGAAACUAUACGUUUUCCAUAUUUAUUAAGGAAUGGUUUACAGUGGUGAGCGUCUGCGAUAUAUCUGAUUCCCCUUUUUUGUCUGGGGGAUAUUCGAUGACCAUGGAGACAUUGUCGAAACUUAAAGAAGAAACUACAUGGCUCUAUUUAAGAUUAUCUGUUGUUUGUAAAUGUAGUUAUACUGUCUGUGUAUUUAUGGUUAAAUGUGUUUGCUACUCUUUUUAUUUUUGCAUAAAUGAUCAGAAAGACAUGGAGACUUUACCCAAAAAUAAUUUAUUCUUCAUACAUAUGUGUGUGUAUAUAUAUAUAUAAUACAUAGGACUCUCUAUGAAUGAUUAUAGGGUUGCUUUAUCAAUCUGCAGGAAAGGUGCUCAUGAUUUUCUUACAUAUGUUUUAGAUUAGUUUGACACGAUGUUUCUUCUUGUUACAUUUGCUUUUAAGUAUUAUAUUACUUGUUUUGUGUUCUUUUGAUACUCCAUAGAAUCUUUUGUGUUGUUGGUUCAUGAAAUUCUUGGUUCAGGUAUUCAAUAGUAAUGUUAACUAUAUUAUAUUUGUGACAUUAAUUGUAAUUGGAGAUUUUUUUUUUAUUUUAUUUUUUUAAAAUAAUGAUUAGAAGUAAUGUUUUAUACAGAGUUUUGGUAAUAUUUUUGGGAGUUUUGUGGGCUUCUCGCUGCAUUAUACUCACUAUUAGUUAUUUUGGAUAGCAUCUUUUAGCUACAGCUUGCUGGUAUAUUUGAAUUAAGUUCUUUUUUUUUUUUUUUUUUUAAUUUGUGAACUUGAAUGAAUUAAACUUAUAUUAAAAUUUAAUUAUAGCAUAUGAGAUAUGUACUAUUGUUGCGUGUGAAUCAAGAUAUAUUUCUAUUAAUUGUUAGCAUAAAGUAAACCCGGCCCGGCCCGGCCCGAACAAGUAAUGUAAAAACUUGUAGACUAUAUAUAAUCGCUACUAAAUAAAUAAAGUUCACACAAAAACACAUCCAAAAUCAUCUAUUUAAGGAAACAAAGCUUACAGGCGCCGCCGCCGUCGCAUUGUACCAUUUCCUCACACAAGAAUUCCAGCGUGCACCAAGAACGCCGCCGGGCACAUCGAACUUCAGCAGCCGUCGAACUCUGCAUCAGAUCAAAAUGAUCAAACAUCGAAGAUGUUAGAACAGCCACAGCGCCGCCGCGGCUCGGCGGCCGGUGAAACAAGUCUUACCCAACGCCACUGGACAGCCGCCACGAAAGAAGUCAUUCCACCGAUUCGGCCGCCCAUUUCCUCCGACUAGUCGGGCCUGAGCCAUCCGGAGCAUCAUGCCACACGAGCUC